GGGAAGCCGAGGCCGGCUGUCACCCAGCUCCCGCCCCUUACGUGCGUCUCCUCCUCCUUCUUUACUGUCUCCCCGCCUCCUCCCGCGCGCAGUCGGGGGGGGGGGCCCUCGGUUCUCUGGUGGCCAACGCAGGUGGGCAGCCGAGUCUCGGACCGCUGGAGCUGCGGAGGGAAUCCAGAUCAGGAAGCAGUAAACAGAGACAUGUGACAUAGAGAGCUGGGUCAUUUUGUUUGCCACCUCACUGAGGAAGCUUGAGCAGGUAGGAAAGAAGCAUGGUGAAAAUGGAGACUUCCAGUACAUCCAGAGAUUUGCAGGAGCUGCAAAAGAAGCUAGCUUCAUUGAUCAAUUCCAUUCAGAGUAACUCCAAGGUGAUUGCUUUUAUGAAUUCUCCAGUCGGUCAAUACCUAGAUAAACACCCCUUUGCUGCCUUAACCUUGCUGAUGUUCAUUAUGGUAUCUGCUGUUCCUGUUGGAUUCUUCCUGCUGCUUGUGGUCCUGAUGUCUCUGGCUGCCUGUGUUGGGGUUAUAUUAGUAGAAGGAAUCGUCAUUUCUGUAGGUGGUCUCACUCUGUUCUGUGUGCUGUGUGGCUUGGGUUUUGUGUCACUGGCCAUGUCUGGGACAGUCAGCGUGUGUUACGUAGUCCUCUCGAGCCUUAUCAACUAUUGGUUCUCUUUCAGCUCGCUGAAGCACCAGCAGAACCUUGCAAACAAGUGCCCAAAGACUGUCCAAUAUCCUGACUCUACCAGGCAUGACUGAGUGACACCAGUACUUUGUUUUAAAGGCUUUGGGGAUAUAUGCUGUGUUUACGAUAUUGGAUUGUGGCUUUUAGCAGGGUGCAGGACUAAUAGGAUUGGUAGGUGAUCACCACUGUAGAAAUAUUGUUCAGUUUUUUCAGGGUUGAUUGUUGCAGGACCCCCUAGGAGAACAGGGUCCUUCAGGUUGUUGAUACAGCAACAGUUGCAAAGGCUUUGUCAUGGGUUCACACCCACAAGAGCACUACCAGCAAGCCUUGGAAAUGACACAACCUCCCUUUCCCCAUCCCUCUUCCAAAGUAAAAGGAUAAGCAAAAGAGUAAAAAAUCCUCUCCUGGACAGGGAGGCUGCUAGUAUCCUGAAAAAGCCCGAACCUAAGCCUUAGGACUUACCUCUAGGGGCCCAGCUUGUAUAGAUGUGGGAAUUUAUUCAGAGCAGAUUGUGCAAGCGAUUGCGUCCUCUUGCAUUUGGAAUCUGGGGAUGGGCAGAGAAAGAAAUGCUUAAGCCUUAAUUGCUUUUAUCAGAAUAAUAACAUUUAGUUACAUUAGCAGCCACUUAUUUAAGACUGAAAUUCUGUCAUUGGAAUUUAUUGUUAAAGAUAUUUGACUAAAAGGAAUACACUCCAAACAUGUACUGUUAAUCUUUUUUAAUGGUUAAAAACUAAACAAAACCACUCCGUGCAUUUUUGGGGGGAUUGUUUCAAAGAGUUUACUCUAUUAGUCCAUUUCCUGGAAAAAUGUAUGUAAAAGGACAUACUUUAGCACUUCUGUUCUGAGGUAAUGCAUUAUUUGCUGUGUUACUUUAUUAAACUAAAUUCUAUUUAUUUA